AUGUGCUCAAAUAAAUAUUCCUGUUCGAAUCCAAUCUAUGAUAUAAUCGAUGAAACAAAUUUAUCUUUUUCACAACCAUUAAUGAUUAAUAUUGAACCAACAUGUUCAUUUCCAUGUACAAAUAAAAAUUCCAUACCUCUUCUACUUUUAGCUAAUUGUUUAACUAGUCCUCCAUUAAAUACUCAUCAUAAUUAUGUUAAUCAACGAAUUAAUGAAAUUAUUGAAGAUGAAGAAAAUCUAUAUGCUAAACCAAGAAAACGAUGUAUAACAUUAGAAGAUGAACCUAUUAUUAUUCCACCAAAAACAAGUCGAUUUUCAUUAAAAUCAAUCAAACCAGAACGAGCUCAAUUAGUUAGUACAACAUUACCAGUUGCAACUGUACUCUCAUCAAUCGAUUCAUCAGAUGAAAUAGAUCAAUUUAUUGCACGUGAGAAUGAUCGUGUUGAACGAGUUAAACUACGAAGACGGCAAAAUCGAACAACAACAACGAUUAUUACUAAACAAUCAGAAAAACGUCCACCAGCAUUUAGUAAUCCAAAUUAUGUUGAAAUAGAAAUAUUACGUGAUACUAAAGAGGAAAAAUUACCCAAAUCUAUUCUUGUUUAG